CCGGAAGUAGGAUAUAAUAUCUCGAACUAUAUUUCAAAAGUAUACUUAUUCAAAGUUAUAUUUAAAAAUGACACAAGAAGGUUCAAGAUGGAGAACUGUACUGAUACCUUAUUUGGUAUUAUGUUUAAUAUGUUACUUGAAAGGAUGUUUCGGGGAUGCAGCAAAGAAAGGUGUGGUCAUAGCUGCUGAUGCUGAAUGCAGACAAAUUGGAAGUGAUUUUCUGAACAUAAAGCAAGGGUCAGCGAUUGAUGCUACAAUCGCAACAAUGUUAUGCCUGGGAGUGAAGAUGCCUCAUGCUAUGGGAAUAGGAGGAGGAUUCAACAUGGUUGUGUAUGACCGCAAGUCUGAACAAGCAGAACAUAUAGAUGCCAGAGAAGUGUCACCCAUGGCAACAGAUACAGACUUAUUCAACAGAACAGACUUUUUGAACAAUCCAAAUCAUUUACCAAUGAUAAAAAUGGGACUGCUAUCAAUAGCUAUUCCUGGAGAGUUAGCUGGGUACUGGACUGCUCAUCAGAGGCACGGGAAGCUUCCCUGGUCAGAACUAUUCCAGCCAGCAAUUAAACUGGCCCGCUAUGGCCACCCAAUGACUCACUACACAUCGGCAGCUAUUAACUGGUGGAGCAAAAUGAGAUUCGAUCACUCUGAAUUUGGAACUUUGUGUAAAAUAUUAUGCAGGCCAGAUGGGUCACUUAAGCAAACUGGAGAUGAUAUUAAAAUGCUUAAACUGGCAGACACACUAGAGCUAAUAGCAAACAAAGGUCCAAGUGUGUUCUACAAUGGUGAACUUACAGACAAAUUAGUUGAAGAACUAAACUCACAAUUAAAUGAAGACAAACACUUGACUCAGUUUAUACCAGCAGGAACUCAGUAUUUCACACGUGAAGAUUUUAAAAACUAUGAAGCGAAAAUAAGAAAGCCAUUUACAAUUAAAAUUGGAAAUCUCACAAUGCAUGCUCCAACAUCACCAGGUGGCGGACCAGUGUUAGGUUUCAAUUUGAAACUUCUUGAAGGCUAUAACUUAAAUGUAUCUCAUGAAGGAAUGGAUCCUGUUAGUGAAGUUAAAUAUUAUCACAGACUUGCAGAAGUUAUGAAGUAUGGUUUUGCCCACAGAUUCCAGAUGGGCGACUCUGAAGCUACGAGAGAGCUUGUAAAGAAGAUGGCUGAUAACAAAUAUAUAAAUGCAGUAAGAAAUGGAAUCAAUGAUGUUGGAUAUAAUAAAAGCUCUUUCUAUGCUAAUAAAUUAGCAAAAUUGGAUGAUGGUACAUUGCAGUUAUCUGUGAUGUCAGCUAAUGGAGAUGCAGUAUCAGUUACUUCUUCAAUAAACUUGCCGCUUGGUUCCUACCAUGUGUCUGAGUCUACUGGGAUAAUAUUUAAUAACCAGAUGCAUGAUUUCACCUACCCAACAUACAAUAAAACCAAAUUCAGAACAGUGAACCAUGAUGCCAAUAUAAUAGGGCCCUCUAAGAGGCCUCAGUCAUCGCAGUCUCCCGCUAUAUUCAUAGACAAAGAUGGGGAGGUGAGAUAUGUAGUUGGCGCAGCAGGAGGGAGGUUUAUCAUACCAGCUAUUACACAGGUGGUUUCUAGUAUGUUAUGGUUAGGAAAUGAUGUCUUUACUGCCAUAGAUAAGGCUCGAUUUACACACACACUAAUUCCAUUUACUCUCAGAUAUGAAAGAGAAUUUAAUAAGGCAAUUACACGAGUUUUAGAUAUUUUGGGCCAAAAGACGUCGUUCUUUGGUUCAUUGCCUUGUAUAGGAAGAGUUGAAGUGAUCAAACAACACCAGAAUGGUACGAUUCAAGGAUAUUCUGAUAAAAGAAAGUUUGUAACAUAAACUGUCAACAAGGAUGCUUAACAAGGCAUUAACAUGACAA